AUGACAGUUUCUGACUGUAUCUCUUAUUUGGCUUCUGAAAAUAUUUACCCGCAAAAUAAUUUUCUAAUUAAAAAAAAAUUUUUUUUUCUUAAAGACAACUAUUCCACUGGAAAUAGACCUAUCGGUGUAAUGGAUCCAGGAUUUCAACGUGUUGGACAUCUCUCAAUAACCAGACAAUUAAUUGGCCGCCAAAAAUUUUUAUUAAAUGACACAGUGUAUCCUUUAGAUGGAAGUUGUUUAUUAAGUAUGGAUUGCCAUACUGACGAGAAUUCAUCAAAAUUUGGUGGUUAUAGUUCUUUUCUUUCACUUUACCAAAUUGUUAGUGGUUUUGGUGCUUGGAAUCGUUUUUGGUGUGUUUUGGAUAAUGGACUUUUAAAUUUUUGGCGUUAUCCUGAAGAUGAAGGGACAAAAACUCCUACAGUUACAAUAGAAUUGGUUUGGUGUAUUACGUCAGUUACAGCAUUGCCUCCUUCUGCUGCCUCAUUUCCAAAUUCAAUGCAAGUUGAUGUUGUUCCUCCACAAAUGAAUGAAGGGGAUAAAAAGGAAGGUGUUAGGAUGCUUUUUGCUGCUGAUACUCCAAAUGAGCGUGACUAUUGGUUAGAAAAUAUAAAUCGAGCAAUUCGAAAUGUAAACAUUUGGCGUCCAAUUAAACGAAAAUAGAGAGUAAUGGAAAAAUUUGUGAAUGAAUUUUAGAAGAAAAUGAAGGUUAUUUUUUGUUUUUUUUGU